UAGAGGGAAAAAUAACUGAAAGUGUUAAGAGAAACAGAAAGCACAUAACUUGCAGUUUCAAGAAGUAACAAGUGAGGAAGAGAAGAAGAUGGGGACAUUGAGAAUACCAGAUGUAGUUCCUUCUCCAACUGAAGAUUGUGAAACUCUCAUGAAAGCCUUCAAAGUUAAGUGGUUUUGUGUAGGACUGGGAACUAAUGAGAAGUCAGUAAUAUCGGUGUUGGGGCACAGAAAUGCAAGCCAGAGGAAGAAGAUCAGAGAAACCUAUCGGCAACUUUACAACAAGUCCCUUGUUGAUGACAUUUAUUCUGAGUUGUCUGGUGAUUUCAGGAAAGCUGUCGUCCUGUGGGCAUACGAGCCUUCUGAAAGAGAUGCACGGCUAGCAAAUGAAGCCUUAAAGUCAAGAAAGAAAACCAUCACCCAAUUGCAAGUGAUAGUAGAGAUAGCUUGUGCUCCAUCUCCUGGUCAUCUGGUCGCGGUGAGACAAGCAUAUUGUGGCCUUUUCAACUGUUCACUUGAAGAAGACAUCACAGCAAAUGUCCCUAUGCCUGUAAAAAAGAUUCUUAUUGGUCUAGUCAGGUCCUAUAGAUAUGAUAAAGAAUUGGUGGAACCUAGUAUUGCAAAUGCAGAAGCUGCUAUCCUUCGUGAAGCCAUUCGGACAAAGCAGUUGGAUCGUGACGAUUUUCUUAUCAUACUCAGCACAAGGAAUGUUCAUCAGCUUAGAGCAACUUUUGACUGCUACAAGCAAAAUUAUGGAUUCUCCAUUGACCAGGACAUUAAGAGCUGUGGAAAAGGUCUGUUGGAAUCUAUUCUGAAGGUGGUUAUGUGGUGCAUUGAUUCGCCAGAGAAACAUUUUGCUGAGGUUGUCAGAACCUCGGUUGUCGGGUUAGGAACUGAUGAGGAUUCUCUAACGAGAGCCAUUGUAACUCGAGCUGAAGUUGAUAUGAUGAAAGUAAGGGGAGAGUAUUUCAUCGCGAACAAAACUAGUCUUGAUAAUGCAGUUAUUGAUGACACAUCAGGUGAUUACAGAAAGUUCCUCAUGACAUUGCUAGGUGCCAAAGUUUAGAUCCUUGGACCUGAUCAUUGAGUUGUAGCCUUUCAAUACUAUGAUUCUACUUUGUAUGAUUUGAAAAUGCUACAUGAACAUUUAAGGGUAGAUUGUUUGUGACAAAACUAAUGGUUGGAGAGUGACUUGUGUAUAAGUUUGUGGAUUGUCGCUUGUGAGUGAAUAGCAGCUUUUGUUCCUUAAAUUAUGGAACUUUCCUGAGGAAUUUAAAACACAAAAGGAAGAAAAAAGAAAGUAAGAAGUGACA